AUGGUUGGUGAAUCAAGAACUACAGAAGUAAAAUUAUGUCAAGAAAUCUUACAAUCCUUAGAAAUCAGAGAUUUUGCGCCACAAAUUUCAGCAUGCCCAGGCUGUGGAAGAACUUCAAGCACCUAUUUUCAGCAACUCGCUCAAGAUAUUCAAAAACAUAUAGAUAAAAAUAUGAUUUAUUGGAAAAAAAAUUACAAAAACGUUGAAUCCUUAAAGAUAGCUGUAAUGGGAUGCAUAGUUAACGGCCCAGGUGAAAGUAAACAUGCAGAUAUAGGAAUUAGCCUACCAGGCGAUGGAGAAAAUCCUGUAGCAGUAGUCUAUACUGAUGGAGAAAAAACUAAUACUCUAAGAGGAAAUAACAUUACUCAAGAGUUUAUCGAAUUAGUUGAUGGCUACAUUACUCAAAAAUUUAGUAAUAAAAAAUAA